AGACAGGCAGGGCAGCCAGCCCCAUAUGGUCAAGCGUGCUUGCAGUGUUAUAAAUCAAAAUGCAAGUGUAUGCUACGGGAUGAGCGAGGCACCUGUGAAAGGUGCCAUCGUCUUGGUCAACGGUGCAUCCCAUCUGAUGCAAUCCGUCGCCGCAGAGUACAGACAAGCCAAAGCACCGGUUCCAAAGUUGCACAUCUUGAACAGAGGAUCGACAGCCUCAUGUCAUUGCUGAAGAACGCCACCCGAUCUCCCGAUUCACUGGAUGAGCUGCAAACUACACUGCGGCGGGAAAUUUACGCCAGAAGAUAUGAUGCCUUAUCUGAAGUGCAAGAUCCCUCCAUUGCCGACAUCACGCCAGGAGCCUUAAUGGGAUCAACAUCUACAACCUGUUUGAGCCGCUUCAUCGACAAACUGCUCCCUUGCUGCCCCUUUGUUCAUCUUCCUCGACAAACAUCCAUCAAGACACUUGGCAGGGAUCGACCGUUCCUCCUCCUAGCAAUUAGCACGGUGGCCAGGCCGUCCACAAAGACCAGACUCGCCAGAGGAGAAGAGUUUAAGCGGAUUCUAGCCAAGGAGCUCCUCGUGGAUGGUCAUUCCAGUAUCGACCUAUUGCUGGCUGUUUUGACAUUCGUGGCGUGGAGUCACGACACGUUCCUCAGCAAGAAAAGCAUCUCACGCCUCUUGACUCUCGCUCUAUCAAUUCUUUAUGAG